AUGGACUCUUUCCAUAGACCUGCUCAGAUCAGCUACAGGCGCUGGAAGAAUCCUGAACUGAGGUGUGAGGUGGACUUCGUGGCGAACAGUGAUGAGUCCCAUGGAACAGAGAUCGAGAUCUGCACAGUGACCUCAGGCUACAGACAGUCUGCUCCCAGCUCCGCGUCUGGUCCUCACACUGAAGAAACCUUCACAGUAGAAGAUGCACUGGACGCCGCCGGUUUUGGGCCUUUCCAGUGGAAAUUGUCGCUCAUCACUGGUCUCUCGUGGAUAGGAGACGCCAUGGAGAUGAUGAUCCUCAGCAUCUUGGGACCACAGCUGCAUUGUGAGUGGAGGCUGCCGAGCUUUAAGAUGGCUCUGCUCACAUCGGUGGUGUUUGUCGGGAUGGGGAUCAGUUCACCUCUCUGGGGGAAUUUGUCCGACAAGUACGGCAGGAAAAUUGGUCUGGUGCUUUGUAUGUGCUUCACUCUGUACUUCGGCCUGCUGAGCGCCUUCGCUCCGAUGUACGGCUGGCUCUUGGUCUUGCGCGGCCUCGUAGGCUUUGGCAUCGGUGGAGCUCCUCAGUCGGUGACAUUCUACUCAGAAUUCCUCCCAGCGAAGAAGAGAGGCACCUGCAUCAUGCUGCUUGCGAUUUUCUGGGCAGUCGGGGCUGUGUUCGAGGUCCUCUUGGCCCUGGUGAUAAUGCCCACCCUCGGGUGGAGGUGGCUGCUCGGCCUGUCCACCUUACCAAUGGCACUCUUCCUUAUUUUUUGCUAUUGGCUGCCGGAAAGUCCUCGUUUUGACGUUUCCAUUGGAAGAAGUCAUAAAGCUUUGGUAACUUUAAAGUCCAUCGCCAAACAGAACGGCAAGGCCAUGCCUCGAGGGAAGAUGGUUGCUUAUAAACAGAAUAACCGUGGACGGAUCAAAGAUCUCUUCGCUCCUCAGUACUGGAAGACGACUCUUCUCCUGUGGUUCAUAUGGUUUUCAAACGCCUUCGCUUACUACGGCAUAGUCCUGUUGACAACUGAGAUGUUCCAGGCUGGAGAUUCAUGUGGAACGACGCAAGGGGCCAAGAUCGAGCCCCGCUGUAGUCUGGAAUGCAAAUAUUUGACAUCGGAAGAUUACAAAGACCUUCUAUGGACGACGUUGGCUGAAUUCCCAGGUCUCGUGCUCGCCCUCCUGGCAGUUGAGUUUAUUGGCAGGAAGAAGAGCAUGGCUCUGUGUUUCUUCAUGUUUUCCUUGUCCAUUCUGCCUUUAUAUGCUUGUAUCGGGAGGACGGCUCUGACAAUCUUCAUCUUCCUCGCCAGAGCCUUCAUCUCUGGUGGAUACCAAAUUGUUUUUGUUUACACACCAGAAGUGUUUCCUACAGAAAUCCGAGCCUUAGCAAUGGGGGCUUCCAGUUCCAUGGCCAGGCUGGGAGCUCUCAUCACUCCCUUUGUGGCACAGAUGAUGCUCCGAACAUCAGUGUAUUUGACGCUGUCCGUGUACUGCGGCUGCUGUGUGCUGGCUGGCAUCGCCUCCUUGAUCCUGCCCAUUGAAACGCAAGGCCGAGGUCUGCAGGAGUCCGAUGUCGACCAGGAGGCCGGAGGACAGGCAGGCAACACAAGCAGUCAGGAGGAGCACCGAUCCUAG